AACGACGACUACGGCGACUACGGCGACGACGACGACGACGACGACGACGGCGGCGGCGACGGCAGCGGCAACGGCGACAGCGACAGCGCGCGCAGUCAGUGACGUUACGGGGAUCCCUUCUGGUGCACACACGGUCCGCGGUCCGCUCAUUCGCUCCGUCUAGUUCGAGUAGUAAUAGUAAUAAUAAAACACAGCGCACCGCGCGCGCCGCUGCACGGUCGGUCACUCAAGCUAUAUAUUAUUAUUAUUAUCGUCACUCACUCGAGCACACGCGCGCCACCGCACCACACGUCGUCACGCGAACAUGUCGUCCGGGUGCUAGUCAUCAUCGCUGUCUGCUCGUUUGUUUGUUUGUUUGUUUAAAUUGUUUUAAUUUUUUGAAAAAUAAAUUUUUCUAUUUUAAUUUUUAUUUCAAAAGUUUUAUCCCGUUGCGCGAAUUUUUUUCUCAUUCCCGAUAAUUUCCGUUCGUUUCGUUCGUCCCGAUAUAAUUUAUAUUAUUAAAUAAUACGUACGGGCGAGCGUCUCAUCAUCCCAUUACAUUAUUUAUUCUUCCUCGUGUCGUAUAAUAAUAUUGUAUAAUAUUAUUAUCAUCAUAAAUAUCAUCUACGAGUCAACUCUAACAUAUAAUAUAUACGGUAUACGUACAAUAGUUGAUUGUCGUCGAUCGUCAUGUUGAUGUCUGGCGCAAUGACCAAUCCGGACACUAGCCUGUUGGGUACGGCCGAGGGUCUGGUCGGCAGCCUGGCCAGCCUGACCGCUGUGCCCGGCACUGGCGGUGGCGGCGGCGGAGGUGGCCAGCAAAAAGACACCACGUGGACCAAGCUAUUCGUCGGCGGACUGCCGUACCACACCACCGACAAGUCGCUCAGGGAUCAUUUUGCCGUGUACGGUGAUAUCGAAGAGGCGGUCGUCAUCACGGACAGACAGUCCGGCAAGAGCAGGGGCUAUGGAUUUGUGAUAAUGGGCGACAGACCCGCGGCCGAGAGGGCGUGCAAAGAACCGAACCCAAUCAUCGACGGGCGAAAGGCUAACGUAAACUUGGCCAUACUGGGAGCAAAACCUCGAGGAAAUUUACAGCCAGCGUUUGCUUUUCCGAGUAUAAGAGCUGGAUACUCUGCUGUGAUACCUAGCCAAUUUGGGGUGCAGCCCAGCUACCUGUACCAAGCCGGUCAAGCGGCCAGCGCGGCGUACUUGGGUGGCGGUGGCGUCAUGCCGCUAGCCCCAACACAUGCCGCAGCAAUGGCCGCGGCCACGUCGCAGUUCUACGAGUACCAGAACGCGGCCGCGGCUGCAGCAGCCGCAGCGGCUCUGUCAUCCUAUCCGUCGCAGUACGCCGCCGCAGCCGCAGCGGCUGCAUCGUUCGACCCGUACACAUCAGCAGCAGCAGCCGGAGUCGCCAACUACGCCACGCCGUAUUCCUACGCGGCACUGCCUAGCAGUACUGCGGGUCUGCCGACAGCCGCGAGCUCGGCCAGCGCGUUCACCGGCCUGUCACCGUACACAGCAGCUGCCGCCCAACAAGCGGCGUCGCUGCAAGAAGCCCGAUUACAGUAGCAUUGUCAAUUCAAAGCAGCCCGUGCCCUCCGUCCUAGAUUACGAAUUUUUCAAAGUCAGGGACAUCGGUAGUGUGUCGUCGUCGUUGUCGACAGGCAAACAAAAACAAAAAAAAAAAAAUUUUAAUUAAAUAAAACUUAGGAAUACGUUCGAUUAUUAUUAUUAUUAUUAUUAUUAAUAACAUAAAACAUAAUACUAAUAUUAAUUGUAAAAUAACUCAUAUUAUAUAUUAUAUAUAUAUAGAAAAAAUGAAAAAAAAACUAUAUCGUCGUCAAAAACGAAAUUGUCCGCAGCUUACCAAAAAAAUUUUUAUUAUUAUUAUUAUUAUUUAAUAAUAAUGAAAACCUUAGACUUUAAGUAUAUUAUAUUAUAUAGAUAAUAAUUAUUGUAAUAAUAUUAUAAAUUGUCGUGUAGUAUUUAGGUAGUGGCCGUCGUCGCGAUUAAGACCGCGGUAUAAUAUGUGCAUUAAAAAAUAAUUUAAACGCGCGCGCAUCACUUAAGCUUUUCGUUCAUGUUUUGUUUGUGAACGAUGGCGUCGAUCACUUAUUAUACUAUUGUAUUGAAAUAUACUCAGUAGAUGAAAAAAGUGACGUCUAUACAAAAAUCACUCGCGUAUUAAUGUAUUAUGUUUGUGUUUUUCGCCCUUCGGGAAAAAACAACGAAAUCUACAAACGCGCGGCUAUUCGAAAUCACAUUUUAUUAUACAUCGAUACCGACAUACCGUUACCAAUUUAUUAUCGUGACCGACGCGAAAUAUUGUAACAAUACCUGAUUUACCUAUACGAAUAUUAUAUGAGCCUAUAUUAUAUAUUAUACAGGUUAUGACCGUGCAAUCGCAUCUCGAGCGCAUAAAUUAUGUAUUAUUAUUUUGUUUAGUUCAAUUUUAUUUUAUUCAAUUUUAUUAUAUAUAUUUUUUUUUCGAUUAUUUAUUUAAUUUGUGUAUGCAAAUUAUUGUUUGUUUAAUACUUUAGAUUUUAAUUUAUUUUAUAGCGAUCGUAAAUCGUAGUAGUUAUCCAUCACGUUAAUCCUAGAUAAUUAUUUUCGGGCAAUUAUAAAAGUCGAAACAUUAAAGACGUAUACCUAGAUAUUAUAUUUUAAUGAUUAAAAAUGGGUUCAGUAAAAUACAUUUUGUGCCAAACAUUGAAAAUAUUGGGCAGUUUAAAUGUGAUAUAUUUGAUAAACUAACUAGUAACUAUCCCAAAGCAAAAGUGCAAAUAAUUAUAACAUUAUGUGCAAAUAAACCCCGUGGAUAAAAUUGUUUAAAUUAGUCGAAAACCUGCUGAUUGGUGGGUAUAACAUUAUACACGGAAAAAAUUAUGUAUCUAAACUAUAUAACUUAUACUAUAAGAUAAAUAAUAUCAUAAUUAAUUACGAUUAAUACAUAUAUAUUAAAAUAGCCAUCCAAUUAUUAAUAUAUUAAGUGGUUAUUGUUUUAUUAUAUAUAUUUAAAAAAAAAUUGAAACAACUAAAUAACUUUUUUAACGUAUAAAUUACGAUCACGUACUAUAAUAAUAUAUAAUUAAUAUGUUUUUAUUUUUAUCCAUAUAAUUACUAUCGUAAAUAUAUUUAUUUAAAGAAUUAUCGAUAACGAAUAUAAUAUAUGCCUAGUCUAUAAUGUAAUUUUAUUUUUUGUUUUAAAUUUUAGGUUAGUAUAUAUUAUAUAAUUAUAAAGAAUUUAUAUCAUAAUUUUAAUAACAGCCACGCAUCUCUAGUCAUGUGUACAAUAAGAUUAUUAAUCAAUUUUAAUUUUAAGAGAAAAUAUUAUUAUAUAUGUUUAUAAUUAGUUAACUUAAUAUUAUUGUCACGUAUCUAUACAUUUGUAUAAUGUAUAAACGUAUUUUUAUGUCAUAUACUACAUAAAUAUAUUAUUAUAAAUAGGUUUAUUUUAUACAUGUUUAAUAUUUCUAAGGUGAUAUUUAACGUCAAAUCUUUUAACCAAGCACAAGGUAAAGUAAUCAAUUUUUAUAAAGACAAUUAUUUACGAACAUUUUUCUCGAUUUAUAUUAUAAAAUAGCCAGAGGCAGCCAUUUUCCAGAUUAUGUAUUAUACGAACAGAACCACUCCUUUCCGGGUAGCUCCGUUAAAACUCAUCAGUGAUUUUUUUUUAUAAAUAUACGAGCUUACGUUUAAAAAAGAAAUUACAGGAAUUUUGUUUUCUAUUUUGAGCAUUUAUAGUUAGUAAUAAUAUUUAAAACUGGUGCCACCUUCUCGUCAUAUUGUAUAAUAUUUCUUAUUUUCUUCCCGUAUAUUAUAUGAUAUAAUGUGUAACAAUCAAGCUUGUAGUUCAUUUUUUUACUCUAUGUAACACACACUUAAGAUGGAUAAAACUCUAAUUUUUAUAUAUAUGUAAAAAAAGACUGAUGAUUGUUUUUUUACACUUAGAGCCAGUUAAAUAUUAUUAUGAGUAUUUUUUUCUAGCGUCUACGUAGAGCGAUGUCGACCAGAUUAAAAUUGUAAUUCCAUUUUUAAAUGUAGUAGUAUUGUAUAGUAUUUUUCUAAAAUCGGGGUAAAUAAAUCGAAUUUGUUUUAUCGUAGAACAAAAUUAAAAUUUUUUUACCGUGGUUUAUACUUGUGUGAACCGUGGGCGCAAUUGUCCAUAUUAUGUCAAUAAAUAAUGAUAUUAUAAGUGUGAAAUUUCCACUCGCGUAAGCCGUAAGCGAUAAUAUUGUAUAUUAUUGAAAAUUAGGUAUUUAAUCGAUUUCAAAAAACGGGUGUUUGAGCCCCGCCACCUUCACUCCGGUCCAAUCAACUCUAUAAAUUAUCUGUACCAUAAUAUAAUAAUAUUAAAAUAAUAUACUUCCAUGAUGAAAACAAAGAUAAUUGUACAAAAUAAAAAUAAAUUUAUUAUAUAUGUUCAAUCUGGUGUGCCUUGUAAAUUACAUAAAAGUGAAUAAAAAAUAAAAAAUAAGAAUGAUAGAUGUAUAUUUUGAUAUAUAAAAAAUUAAGUAAAAAAAAAAAAAUCGAUAGUAUUGACGUUCAUCUAUGUACAUGUACAUUUAAUUAUAUUGUUAUAUUGAUGUGUUAACUACGAUAACGAUAAUAAUAAUAAACAAUAAUAAUUAUACUCGGUAAUCUGACAGAUUUCAUAUUAUUUUUUGACUAUAAUAUUGUAAAUAAAAUAACACUAACUGGAUGAAUAAAAUAUGACAUGUUUUAUGUACUUAACGAUUUUUAAAACAGAACUACGAUGUAUAAACAUAUCGAAGUUAAUUUUUUUUAAAGAAAAUUUAAUUAAAUAUAAUAUAAUUUCACACGGCUAUUAUUAAUGUUAAAAUUAAUAAGAUUUUUUAAAAAAUAAACAAAAAAAAAAGUAGUACCUAGUUAUUGUUGGCAAAAACCUAAUAUUAUACAUAACCAACGGUGAAGCUAGUCAUAUGGGAAAUAUUCCGGUGCACCAUAUUUUAAAAUUUAAUGUACCUAUUUAACGUUGUAUGAUAUAAGAAUAUUAUUAUUAUAUUAUAAAAUUAUUUAAAUUUAUUAGACUCGUAAGCUUAUAUUAUAAUGUGGUGAUCAAUUAUAUCACAUUAGUAUAAUAUAUUAUAUAUAUUUAUAUAUAUAAAAUUCGAUGGAAUUUAGUCAAUAAUAAUGGUUAAUUUUAAGACAUAGUUGUAUAAAUAAAUUAAAUACAUGUUUAAAAAUUGAA